AUGGAUUACGACCCUGAGAGCGGCCAUAGGGCUGCUGGCCAUCCUGCCCACGAGAAGGAUGUUACGGCUAUCGUAUCUGACGAUACCUCCGGACAGUCGGUCCCUGGCGAGCGAGGGAGUGGUUUGUUGUUUCGGUUGCGCCAAAUGGAGGCCCAGAUGGAUAGGAAGCUUGGCAUUGAAUCCGAAGCCAUCAAUCGCAAACAGGAAGAAGACAAAAAACCGGUUCCAUGGAUAGAGCAGUUGACGAUGGCUUUACUAUGGGCGAGCGGAACGAUGAACACAUCUUGCUUUGCAACAGGCUUUCUGGGCGCAGAGUUUGGACUAAGCCUGAAACAAGCCAUUCUUGUCACAAUCUUUGCCUCGAUUCUUGGCGGCGCUGUCACCGGCUACUGUGCAACUUUUGGAGCCGCGACUGGCUUACGACAGAUCAGUGUGAGCCGCUAUAGCUUUGGCUGGUGGCCUAACAAACUCAUUGCGCUACUCAAUAGUAUCCAGCAGAUGGGUUGGGCGGCUGUAUCAUGUAUCACAGGCGGCCUCGCCUUGACUGCUGUGUCUGACGGCCAUGUUUCGCUGAUCCUUGGUAUCGUCAUUUUGGCUGUGGUGGCACUAGCCAUCUCCUUCAUUGGAUUGAACGCUAUUCUGAUCUACGAACGAUAUGCCUGGAUCAUCUUUUUCGUCAUCUUCAUGAUUAUCUUCGGCGAGACUGGCCGCUUUGCAGACAAUACUUCACCACCGACUGCUACAGGUGCCACCCUUAGUGGCGCUAUUCUCAGUUUGCUGGCCAUCGUGUACGGUUCCAGUGCCUCUUGGUGUACCAUGGUUAGUGACUACUAUGUUCACUACCCGGCUAAUGUCAGCCGCGUCAAAGUCUUUUUGAUGACUUCCCUUGGAAUUGCGAUCCCUACGUCGAUUGGCAUGGUUGCUGGUUGCGUUGUUGCCUCAGCGCUCAAUACGAAGCCCGAAUGGAGCGAUGCAUAUGACCAAGGACUGGGGUAUCUAAUACAGACAAUGUUGUAUCCGCGAGGAUUCGCAAAGUUUUUACUUACUCUGCUCGUUCUAUCGGGCAUUAACACCAAUGUUAUCAGUAUUUACAGCGCUGCUAUUUCGUUUCAGCAGCUCUCACGACCUUUUGCUCAAAUCCCCCGAUUCAUUUGGACGAUUUUCUGCUUUCUCUGCAUUCUUGCUUUAGCUCUCGGCGGCCGAGAGCAGUUAAAUGCCUACUUGCAGAACUUCUUGAGUCUUCUUGGAUACUGGUGCACUAGCUACGCUGUUAUCUUAUUCCAAGAGCAUUACAUCUUUCGAAAAGGCAAUUUCAACAACUACGAUCUUGAUGGCUGGAAUGAUCCCGAAAGACUACCCCUCGGUAUCGGCGCUUCGGUUGCAUUUGGCCUUGGAAUUGUCUCCUGGGUCAUGGGCAUGGAUGAGACGUGGUACAUUGGGCCUCUUGCGAAAACCAUCGGCGAUUACGGCGGUGACGUUGCCAACGAGUUUACGUUUGUGGUAACGGCGUUGACUUACGUACCGGCCAGAUAUCUGGAAUUAAAGUUCUUCGGCCGGUAA